CUGCUCUUACCAACCAACUACCAUAGCCUCAGAGGUUUUAGGGUUACAACAUUUCGACAUUCAAAAAAAGUGCGAGAAGAAAUUGAUUAAUUAAUUAUACAUGGGCGUGAUUGAUUUAUUCGGCAAAAGUUCAUCUCUUUGCGUCGAAAGGCCCAAACCCAGUAUCAAUUGCUGUUCAUUUGAGGGAAAGCCGAGGCGGAGUAAAUCUACAUUUAUGGUCCCGCCGGCGUCCUCCUCCUCCGCCGCCGCCGUGCCGGUGAAAGAGGACGGCCAACAGGAGAGUGUCCGCUCGUUGACCGGAGAUUCGUUUAUUCGCCCCCAUCUCCGUCAAUUGUCUGCAUAUCAACCUAUUCUACCUUUCGAGGUUCUGUCUACUCGUCUUGGUAGAAAACCAGAGGAUAUUGUGAAAUUAGAUGCAAAUGAAAAUCCAUACGGUCCACCUCCAGAGGUUUUCGAAGCUUUGGGUUCGAUGAGAUUCCCUUAUAUUUAUCCCGAUCCUGAAAGCCGUAGAUUGCGCGCUGCACUUGCUGAAGAUUCUGGUGUCGAAGCUGAGCAUAUUCUCGUUGGGUGUGGUGCAGAUGAACUUAUUGAUUUGAUUAUGCGAUGCGUGUUAGAACCUGGUGACAAGAUUUUGGACUGCCCACCAACUUUUACAAUGUAUGAGUUCGAUGCAGCUGUAAACGCAGCACUGGUUGUCAAGGUUCCGAGGAAUCCAGAUUUCAGCUUGGAUGUGAAAAGAAUCUUCGAAGUCGUUGAGCAGGAAAAACCAAAGUGUAUAUUCCUGACCUCACCAAAUAAUCCCGAUGGAAGCAUAAUUGAUGAUGAAACGCUUCUGAAAAUACUCGGCCUACCAGUAUUGGUUGUGCUGGACGAAGCAUAUAUUGAAUUCGCGGGAAUCGAGUCUAAGAUGAAAUGGGUGAAGAAGUACGAGAAUCUAAUCGUCCUUCGCACAUUCAGCAAAAGAGCUGCUUUAGCAGGACUUCGAGUGGGAUAUGGGGCAUUUCCAUUGAGCAUAAUCGAGUUCCUAUGGAGAGCCAAGCAGCCAUACAAUGUGUCUGUAGCUGCUGAACUUGCAGCAUGUGCAGCUUUACAGAAUCCCGUCUAUCUCGAGAAUGUUAAAGUGGCUUUGGUGCAAGAACGAGAAAGGCUGUUCAAGCUUUUGAAAGAAGUGCCGUUCCUCAACCCAUACCCGAGCUACUCCAAUUUCAUCCUCUGCGAAGUUACAUCUGGAAGAGAUGCUAAAAAGUUGAAGGAAGAUCUAGCAAAAACGGGAGUGAUGAUCCGUCACUACAGUAACAAAGAAUUAGCGGGUUAUGUUCGUGUUUCUGUGGGGAAGCCGGAGCAUACAGAUGCUUUAAUGGAGUCUCUCAAGGGCCUCUAUUAACCCACCCAAGUUGGCAUUCAAACAUUUGUGAGUAAGAAUCAACAACACACUAUUGAUUCAGAAUUCUUUUUCGAAUAUUUUCUCUUUUCUUCUUUUAUUCCAUAUUAAAAAAGUGAAUAAGGAAUUUCAAGUCACAUGCAUUAGGGUUUACAAA